CCCCUUUUUCCAAAACUCUCACAUAUCAUUCAUCAUGGCUUGGGGCUGGGGCGAAUCCGAGAACGCUCACCGUGACGUCCAGGAGGGCCGCCACGAGAGCCACUUUUCUCACGAGCUCAUCGCCGGUGCCGCGUCUUUCGCCGGCAUGAAGGCCUGGGAGGACCACCAGCGCAAGGAAGGCAAGCCCGUCAGCCACGCGUUCGCCAAGGAGGCCCUCGCCGGCAUUGUUGGCGCCGAGGUCGACAAGCUCGCCGAGACCAAGGGCUUGGACCAGGUCGACCGCAUCAAGGCUCACGAGCACGCCAAGAAGAAUGCUCACCAGAUGUACGACGAGCACUACGUGCAGGGCCAGAGUGCUGAUCAGUACGACCCUUCGCGCUACGAGCGCCACGAAGCCUUCAGCCGCUGGUAAACUAUGUCAUUGAAUGACCGAGUUGGGCUGGUAUGCUGGGAUGGGGGCUUGAGAUAUGCAAUGUGAUGACGACUGUAUACAUUUUCCAAUAUUGAAUAUUGAAUCGUGAAUUGAAAUGGAAUUGAGUUCACAAACACAAAUGUGACGUGAUAUU